GGAUGAGAUUUUUGGAAAUUCGAUAUUUUUUUUUUAACAAUUUUUUUUGACUGCCGAACAACAAAAAAAAGGAUUGUCAUAAUUAUAAUUCAUUAUUAAACAAUUAACGAAUUGGAUAAUUUGCAAUAAUUAAAAUUUCAAGUGUUACACAACAAUUUGUGUUCGUCGUUAGAAAGAACCAUCAACAAAAUCAAAGAAAUUGGAAGCAAUGAAAAUGAAGCAAAUGGUGAUUGUAUGACAAUGGAUUCAAUGGAUGCAAAUGGAAACGGGAAGCGUGGUCUUCCCAAAUUACGAGAAGUUUUUUACCGGCAAAGACAAGAUUCUGAUGAUGGACAAGAAUCUUCAAUUUUGGAUUUUGUCUACGAUGACGCAGACACACAUACAAAUGAAAUUGCAGAACUUUACAGUUACACCGAACAUUAUGAAUUACAACUUAAUCUUAAGGCGUUCGAGGAUCAAAUGGAAAUUUACAAUCUUCGACCGUUGUGGCAAAAUUUAUCAACAGAACAACAAAAGUCGAUAAUUCAUAAAUUAUUAGAUCAACUUGAAUUAUCAAAUAAACAAACUAGAAUGAAGGCAGCUCGUUGUAUUUUAUAUAUUGCUCAGGGUUGUUGGGCAGAAGUUCAGUCCGAUAAAGAACAACAAGAAUGGUCGAGAACAAAUGUUAUGUUACUUUAUGAAACUGGUACUUUUGCUGCAUUCGUUGAAUUAUUGAAUAUUGAAAUCGAAGACAGCACAGCAGCUAAUUCUGCAAUGAGAAAAUUGGCAGUCAGCCUCGCAGACUCUGUAGAUAUUCGAUUAAUUUUAUCUGUUUUGUAUAUUAUCACUGAAAUAAUGAGAGAGGAGUCAAAAAAUUUAGAAGACAGUCCAUAUAAAGUGAAUUUUGAAACGUUUAAAGAAGAACUCAUGAAUCCCUAUGGCGAUGAAUUUUUGAUAAUCAAAUUACUUGGAAUGGUGACAUGCUUCUGUAGUGGAAGUGCUCCUCAUUUUCCAAUGAAAAAAGUUUUACUAUUCCUUUGGAAACUUAUAUUAGUUUCUUUAGGCGGUAUUGAAGCUUUACGUGAAUUGAAGAAAAAAUAUCGCGAGGAAGCAGGACUUCCUGUCGAUCAAGAAGACACAAUAGAGGUGACAAAAAAUAUGAGACCAAGCUCACCACCUACAAGUGCUGCUGAUUUACUCGAUUCGCAGAAUCAAAAAAGGAAUAAUAGAGCUUUUCGAAGGAGUUUAAUGAAGCAAAGUUCAUUGGAUGAACCAUUAUUGGGAAUGGAAUUUGAAGGUGGCGAAGGUGGAACAAAUUCGGGAAAUAAUGAAGGUGACGGCGAUAUGGUAUUGUAUAUGGAUCAAUCACAAUGUCAGAAUUAUUAUGAGGAUCCAAGUAGUUUGGUUCAACCGAGACCAAGUACACCGCAGCCAGUGAAAGAUAAGGGUUUACCAUGGACUCCAAAAGUUAGGCAAAAGGACGUUGAUAUGUUCCUCGAGGGUUCAAGAUUGAAAUUUGUCGGUUAUAAAUUGCAAGGCGAUCGAGAAAGUUUAGCGGGUCUACCUCAACCAAUUCACGAAGGAGUCAAUAUUCUCAAACGACAUAUGUACACUUCAUUAGCGGAAAUACAAAUUCAAAAAGAAGAGGAAAUAGCUAGAAAUCCAAUGAGCACUGAGGAACCAACAAUUCGUCAGACUCCAACAGAAAUUUUAUAUCAAGCAAUGCUACCCAAUCUUCCUCAGUACAUGAUUGCCUUAUUGAAAAUCGUCCUUGCUGCUGCGCCAACAAGCAAAGCAAAGACUGAAAGCAUUAAUAUUAUGGCUGAUGUUUUGCCUGAAGAAAUGCCAAUGACAGUAUUGCAGUCUAUGGAAUUAGGAAUCGAUGUUAAUCGUCAUAAGGAGAUUAUUAUUAAAGCGGUUUCAGCAAUUUUGCUUCUUUUAUUGAAGCACUUUAAAAUAAAUCACAUUUAUCAAUUUGAAUUUAUGUCACAACAUCUUGUUUUUGCCAAUUGUAUACCUCUAGUUUUGAAGUUUCUUAAUCAAAAUAUCCUCGCUUAUAUUGAAGCAAAAAAUGUUAUUUCAAUGUUAGAUUUUCCAAUGUGUGUUAUCGGUGAUCAACCAAAAAUAACAGUGGAUGAUCUCGAAAUAAGAAGUACUCAGUAUUACUGUUGGCGAAAUGUAUUCUCGUGCAUUAAUUUAUUGAGGAUUUUAAAUAAAUUGACAAAAUGGAAACACAGCCGUGUAAUGAUGCUAGUUGUAUUUAAAUCAGCGCCGAUAUUAAAGCGAACAUUAAAAGUGAUGCACGCCAUGAUGCAAUUGUAUGUAUUGAAAUUAUUGAAAAUGCAAACAAAAUAUUUAGGCAGACAAUGGCGCAAGACAAAUAUGAAAACAAUUAGUGUUAUUUAUCAAAAAGUUCGACAUCGCUUAAAUGACGACUGGGCUUACGGCAAUGAUUUGGAAGCAAAACCAUGGGAUUUUCAAGGAGAAGAAUGUGCUCUAAGAACUUGUGUUGAUCAAUUUAAUAAUCGUCGAUAUUCGACAGCAAUUCGUGACGAGGAACUAGAACCAGUUGAUACAAGUGUAACAUCAGUUCUUGGAGUUAAUGUCGAACUCACCGAUGAAUUUAAACAACACUAUGAAUUAUGGUUACAGCAAGAAGUCUUUCAAACUAAUAUUAAUUGGGACGAAUUAUUAGAAACAAAUUGUGAAAUCUAAGACGAAAUCAUGCUUUAUUUAAAAAAAAAAAACGAAACAAACUAAAAAAAAUAACAAACGAAACGAAAAUGGAAAACUAAAAGUUUUAUCAGGUUUCGUUAAUAAAAACAAGAAAAAUGUUCGAAGAACAUGAUUUUUACGUCUAAUCGGACGGCGUUCAUCAAAACGUAAAUAUUUGAUGAAAUUUAUUCCUUUUUCGCAUCGCCGAUUUUACGUACAUAUAAAUGUAUUUUUUAAGUUUGUGCAAUUUACCGGAACUAGCCAUGUAAUAUUUAUAUAAUCGAUUUUUCUGGAGCAAGAAAAAAAAAAAAGAAAUUCUUUGUACCUUUGUAAGUAUCGUUUUUUAGUGUUAAAGAAGAAGAAAAAAAAAUUAGGAGAAAAAAAAAAGAAAUGAAAUAAUAUCUUUGGUUCAAAAUGGCGAAUCGUUCCAAAGAUCCGUUAUUUACUCAUCGAGAUUAAUUAGCAAAAAUCCUGAUGAAUUAUGAUUAGAGUGUCGUACGUUCUAAUUGUGAUUUUCUCCCAUUUACUAAACAAAAAAUAAUUAAUUGAAACUUGUAAGCAAUUUUUAAUUUCGUAUUUAUAAAUUUAAGAAAAAUAAUGACAAGAGGAACGCGAAAACGAACGACGUCACUUUUUAUUGUACAUUAAUCAUCGUGUAUAUUUAUGAAUUGUGCGCGUGAGAUUAUCAAGAUUAUUUUUUUUUUUUAUUUGCGAGAAAAUUAUCAAUACAUUUUUUUUAUGUGAAUUUCCAUACUUUUUUCUUUUUUUAAAACAAAUUUUUUUGAACUAUUUAUAUUUUAAAUUUUGUAUAUGGAAAAUUACAUUUAAAAAUUUUUUAUUUAAGAAAUUAUACAUUUUAAAACCUUUUUUCUGUGAAUUAAAUAAAAUUUUGUCAAAUGAAAAUUUGUAUUAUAGGAAAAAAAAAAGUGAUUUAGAAUAGUCUUGAUGAUUUUACUUUUGUGUAGAGUAAAAACAAAAACUUUUUGUAGAAACAAUAAUAGACCAAGAAAAAGUUUUGAAAAUUUUAAUAGCUUUGCUUUGUCUUUUAGUGCAAAAGCAUAAUUAUUACAAGAAAAAAAAAAAAAGAAAA